AUGUGCAUGAGCAGCCAGGGCAGAUUUAAGGACUGCCUUCAGCAACAGACGUUAGAUGCUGUGAUGUAGUAGCAGUUGCUGUGCUGAAAAAUUUGGAAUGGUUUUAAGUCGACUGAAAAUAAGCUCACACUCCAGUGCAUCAGCUGCCUGCUUUGAGCCUAACUUGAUAUUACCAGACAAAAAUAUCUCGAGGAAGUGUUUCGAAGGCAUUUCCCUUUACAACAAUAUUAUUCUCAUCCAUGCCUGAGUACAAAGUGAAUCGGCAGCAGAGAACUUAUCAUGAGAAGAUGCAAACAUGACAAGGCUCUUUCUCUUGGUUUUACAUGAUCUGAACACUCCAAAUGCAAAAAUGAUUUGGCAACUAACAUCUUACUGGACAUCCCUGGUCACUUCCGUGAUUUUCGGUCUGCUUCUGCAGCCACCACUGGCACAGCUUUCCAUCAUCACACAGCCAAACUUUGUCUUGUUGAUGGCUGAUGAUCUUGGCAUAGGGGAUGUAGGUUGCUAUGGGAAUGAUACUAUCAGGACACCGAACAUCGAUCGCCUAGCAAAGGAAGGAGUGAAACUGACCCAACACAUCGCUGCAGCUCCACUGUGCACCCCAAGCAGAGCAGCUUUCCUCACUGGCCGAUAUCCCCUCCGAUCAGGAAUGGAUGCAAUAAACAAUUAUCGCGUUAUUUUUUGGAAUGGUGGCUCAGGAGGGCUCCCUCCAAAUGAAACCACUUUUGCCAAAAUUCUACAGCAACAAGGCUACAGCACAGGACUCAUAGGGAAGUGGCAUCAAGGUGUUAACUGUGAAUCCCGCAAUGACCAUUGUCAUCACCCUUUGAACCAUGGGUUUGAUUAUUUUUAUGGGAUGCCUUUUACGGUAAUAAGUGACUGCCAAACAACAGAAGCACCAGAGAUGGACAGAGUCUUCAGAAGAAAACUCUGGCUUUACACUCAGAUGAUUUGCCUUUUUACAUUCACUGCUGCCCUAGGGAGAAUCACCGGCUUGAUUCCAGUCCGCUGGAAAACACUGACCUGCCUUGCUGGGUUUAGUCUCCUGUUCUUUGUGUCCUGGUUCUCAAGCUACGGAUUUGUGAGAUACUGGAACUGCAUUAUGAUGAGAAACCAUGAAAUUACUGAGCAGCCAAUGGUGACAGAAAGGACUACAUCCCUUAUCUUGAGAGAGUCCAUUGCAUUUAUUGAAAGAAAUAAGCACAAGCCAUUCCUCCUCUUUCUUUCCUUUUUACACUCCCACACCCCUCUCCUCACCACAGAGAAGUUUCUUGGGAAGAGCAGCCAUGGUUUAUAUGGAGACAACGUAGAGGAGAUGGACUGGAUGGUGGGACAGGUUCUAGACGCUAUUGACAAGGAAGGCUUGAAAAGUACUACACUGGUUUACUUUGCCUCUGAUCAUGGUGGUUGGCUGGAAAGACAAGAAGACAAAAGGCAGCUGGGUGGUUGGAAUGGAAUAUACAGAGGUGGAAAAGCUAUGGGAGGCUGGGAAGGAGGAAUCCGUGUCCCUGGGAUACUUAGAUGGCCAGGAGUGUUACCUGCAGGCACAGUUAUCAAUGAACCUACAAGUCUUAUGGACAUUUACCCCACAGUAACUCAUCUGGCUGGAGGGGUAGUACCACAGGACAGGGUAAUUGAUGGCCGGGAUCUGAUGCCUUUACUGCAAGGAAGAGUUGAGCACUCAGAGCACGAGUUCCUGUUUCAUUACUGUGGCAUUCACUUACAUGCUGUGCGGUGGUACCAGAAGGACAGUGGAGCCAUCUGGAAGGCUCAUUAUGUGACCCCAAACUUCCAUCCACUUGGGGCUGGAGCUUGUUACGACAGAGGAUUUUGCCCGUGUUUUGGGGAAGGCGUGACCCAUCAUGAGCCUCCAUUGCUGUUUGACCUCUCACGAGACCCUUCUGAAGCCAAACCUCUGUCAGCUGACACUGAGCCCCUCUUUGACGCUGUGAUAGAGCGGAUUGGGAGAGCCAUAGAAGAGCACCGCAGAACACUGACUCCAGUACCGCAGCAGCUCUCCCUGUACAAUGUCGUCUGGAAGCCAUGGCUGCAGCCCUGCUGUGGGACGUUCCCUUUCUGUUGGUGUGAUAAGGAAGGUGAUAGUGAACUUGAUGACCUAUAAGGGAAACAACCAAAGUUCCUAAAGUUUUCAGGUCUUUUCUCUGGGGGUGUUUCUCUGGUGAGUUGUUUGAUUAUAAUUUUUUUUUCUUGGUUUUGUUUUGUUUUUAAUGAAGUCUUUAUUUGAGAAUUUCUCCAGUGAAUGGCACAGUAUUUGGUAAAGGUGUCUUUAAGCUGGAUAUUCUCAGGGAGGGAUAAAGACAGUAUGAUCUGAACUGCAUGUUUUAACUUGCAUCUGCUGACAACUGAAUAAAUAGUUCAAAUGCACUGAAACAGGCCAAUGUUAGAGCUGUACCAGUAAUUCUAUGACUUAUCUUUUGUUGUUUAUGAAUGUGCAUUUAGAAGCUUAGUUUUCUUUUUUGUUCUGAAUUUCUAAGUCAUUAAGGGUCUGAGGUGUCCCUUUUUUUUUUUUUUUUAAUACUUACUGGCAAUGCAUAGCAGGCCCUUAUAAAAUAUUUUUGCAGACUACUUUUCCUCCUGCCUCCCAAAUAAUUCUAGAAUAAUUCUGCCUACAGUUCCUCACAGAAACUCCUUUAUAAGUGGCUUCCUUCCCUGUGUGUAGUUAGUCUCUCCAGCAGCAGCAAUGAUGGCAGCUGGAUAGCCUGGGGCUUCUGGAUCAGGAUUAAUUGCCUGGGUGAGGAUUAAUUGCCUGAUUGAGGCAUAAAGCUUAAAAAUGUGAUGAGCUGGGGCUGCCAGUGAUUUUUGAGAAGGACAGAACUCCUCUGAUUGGAGUCAGCCUCUUUUGAUGGAGAACACAAAAAGCAAAAGUCUCCCUUUCCAAAGCCCCCAUUGCACCGAGAUUCCUAAGCAGCACUGGCAAGGGCAUAGUGGCAUUCAUGGUCACAGAAGUACAACACAGAUAACUGGUUUGGUCAUUUGUUCACAGGUCACAUAAGUUAUCUUGCUGCCCUAGAAAUGGCUAGGACCCAUUUCUCUCCUUUGAUAAAACCAGAAGAAGCCCAACAUUUAUUUUCCCCCUUGUUCCCCACAGUACAUCCACUGGGAAAUCUGCAGGUAAAUAAAAUCCUACAGAUUAAAAGCAAAGUUGUAUUGCAUGCUGUGACCUCAUGCAUUUCACAGACUCUUUCUCCCAGAAGAGCACCUAGAUGCUCCUUCACUGUUAUUCAUGAGAAAAAGCCUCAGUCCUAUUGUGAAAACUUCAGGAGAUGAAGUGAAUCCAUUACUUCACAUAUACUGUAUUGUUGCUUAAUUUUCUCAAUUUUUAAGAGUGUGUUUUAUUUCUCAUUUGAAUUUAUUUGAUUUCAUUGUUUCUUUCUUGGCUAGGUUUAAAGGUAUUUUCAUAUUUGAUAGCCAAUAUUUUCUUUACAAGAGUUUACUGCAAUAAGGCCAGCAUUUAUCAAUCUUCUCAGUCUUUCUCCAAGACCUCACUUCCAUUGUUAAGCCAGCCUAGUAUCUGAGAUUUUACAUCCUCUCAGUUUUUUAACACCCUUAAAAAUAUGCGGGUAUAAGACCUGUUCAUAUAACUGAAACAAUUUUUCUUGCACAGGAAUACUUCAUAGCACUGCACAAUAUCUGUUUGGAGCUAGAUGGCACAGGAAAAUAUCUGAACUAGAAAUUGUGCUGGUCAUUGGGGUUUGGCAAUGAAAGCACACUUAUCGGGGGGGACAAAACUUUUGCUUGUUCCAGUCUCAGGAUCAUCUCCUAGGCACCAACAUGUAACUCUUCCCCCUCCAGUCUUCUUCCUCCACGUGCUGUUGAACAGCUACAUAACAAUGUCACCCCAGUCCCCAAUCUCCCUUAAUAGGAGUUUUAUAAGCAAAUGGUGGCCCACGCAGUCAAUAAAAUAGGCCCAUGACCAGUCAUCAUGCUGUACCUUCCCAGAAGUUUCAGAUGUUGCACUUCUGCCACUUUUUGACCUGUAGCUCUUCCCAAGACUCAUUGCAUUCAGGUCUUGUUUGCAUAGUCCUGUUGCCCAUGAUUGAUUAUACCCAGUUAAUAUGGCACAAGCAACAUAAAACUCAUUCAGCACACAACAGGUAAUGAAAAUCUGCUUUCAGAAAGGUUAGCAUUAUUAGGACCCAUUGAGAUCUGUUGGCUUGUUCUUUCACCAAAGCACAGACUAUCUGAGGAGAUUCUGGACCACCCAAUCACUCAAGGUACAACUCUAACUUCCUAGGUUUUUACCACUUCAUGGCCCUUGAUCAUUAGGGAUGCUGCAGAUCAUGGAGAGUGUGGGAAACAUACCACAGAUGCCCUAUGUAAAUUUGCACAAAGCAUAUGGGGACUGUAGACUCUCAAAUAGUAAUGCUCUUACACCUGGUGUUGACUCUGUUAGGAUUUAGUAGUGGUUAACUUGUACUACCAAUCACUCCAAGAAGAGGGCCUUCACAGCAAGACAGCACAAGUGUAACUAAAUGCAUGAUAAGAUAAUUGUAAUCAAUAUCACCAGGACAGGGUGAAGCAGCAGGUGUAACAGGGCUUUCCCAGUCACUGACCAUCCUCCAAAGACACCACCCCAGCAGGCAGGCAAUGAGUUUCCUACAAUAACUUUAUCACCACAGUUUUGCCAGUCAUGUUAAUUCCUCAGUCACUCACAGACGAAAUGAUUUUCAUGCAGAUCCACAGAACACAGAGAAAUUCUUUUUUUCCUCUUUUCUUUUUCUUUUAUGUAUUUGAAAUGACUCUUGCAAAGCAGGGGGUUUAAAGAAUCCAUAUGCAGAAGCUCAUUAAUCUCCUCUAAUAUUGCAUUGUUCCUUUUGAGUGCUUUGUUCUCGGGCCAUUUGUGAGUUGAUAGCAACCCAUUUACAUGUGUAAUUCUGGGAAUAAAUUCUUCAAAUGAUGACUUUUUUAAAUGAAUAGCUGUGAAAUGUUUUGAAAAUUUCAGGCUUUUAAGACAUUUCUCAUUCAUUGUCAGUAUUGUAAAUUCAGCAACAUUACUAUUUACCACACAAACUGAGAAAAAAAAUAAAGACAGCAACAGGAUAUAAUGGGCAGACCACUCAGUGCAUAAGGGAUUGGCUUGAUGGUGUGUCCUGGUUUCAGGUAGGACAGAGUUAAUUUUCCUCCUAGUAGCUGGUAGGGUGCUAUGUUUUGGAUUAGGAUGAGAAGAGUGCUGAUAACAUGCUGAUGUUUUAAUUGUUGUAGAGCAGUGCUUACACCAAGCCAAGGACUUUUCAGCUUCUCGCUCUGUCCUGCUAGCGAGCAGGCUAGGGAUGCAGCAGGAGCUGGGAGGGGACAGACCCAGGACAGCUGACCCAAACUGGCCAAAGGGGUAUUCCAUACCAUCUGACGUCAUGCUGAACAAUAUAUAGGGGUGGCUAGCCGGGGUGGGGGGCCGGCUGCUCAGGGAUAGGCUGGGCAUCAGUCAACGGGUGGUGAGCAAUUGCAUUGUGCAUCACUUAUUUCGUAC